CAUUUAUAGAACUUGUUAAGUACUGAAGAUUAUGAGAAAGUUAUAGUUGUUAGAAAAGUGCUAAAUAAAGCUAGCAAAUGUCCACUAUGCUACAAAACAAGCACCAUCUAUAGGUAUGCAUCCUCACACGAAGAGCUUUCGAGACCUCCAUAUAUGACUGUGAUUUGAAAACUGAACUGCAGACCUGCUCAUGAAUCUUGGCUUUAAAUCCAGAGUUGAAGUAACUACAAGUCUACAACAGUACCUACCAAAAAACCUAAGCAGGCAAAACUAAAAUGUGUAGAAUCAUUAUAUGCAGUCUUUUUGGACAAUUAUUUUAAUUCACAUUUGAAAUUUGAUGUCCACAAAACAGCCCAUUGUAAAGACUGGUAGUUCUUGCCUAAUGAUCAAUUUCUAAUUGUCAAUCCUUCUUCUGUGUAUGUUAGAAUACCACUCAUGAUAGGAAUCAAUCUAUAAAUGUGUGCUUUUAUUGCUGCAUAAGCUAGCCAGAGUAUAUUUAUUUAAAAUAUUGAUGCUGUUUAUGGACAAAUGUACUGGAAAGCUGUAAGCAAGUCAAAAAACUCCCAUCCAUUGUUGGGCUCUUUUGUCUCUAAAGAAUAAUUUUGGAAGCAGAGACAAAUUCUAACCUCUGUGGAGCCUUCAACAUGGAGAAUUCAUCAGCAAAUAUUUCAUAUAUAUCAGCUCCUAUACCACUUGAGGUGGCACAGCUGAAGCUGGAAGAGCUUGAGGAGCUGGUGGAAUGUGAGGACGUCCUGGAGGAGUUUGUUGUGGGCCUUCCCCAGCUUGCUGCCCUCACUGAUGUGUGUGACAAGCUUGCUCUUGAGAACAAAGAAUUAGCAGAAAAUAAUCUACGGCUUAGCAGCAGCUACGAGGCGGCCCGUGACCAGACGCUGCAACGUGUUGAGGCCAUGGCCGCCCUACAUCAGAGCUUUGAGGGCCAAGUUAUACUGGUUACAUCAAUUGCUCGGCCGAGUGGGCCCAAGUUGUCUGCUCACUUGGUUUUACUGAGCAAAUAUUUUUGCAGGAACUGUUUUUCUAUGUGGCAGGAAAAUAUGUCGAUUGCUGCAGCUCAGUCCGAGGAGGAGAGUGAAGCUAUAGCCGAGCAGUUCUUGAACAAGGAACUUGAUGUGGAUUCCUUCCUGAAGACGUACCUCAACAAGAGAAUUGAGGCUCACCUGCGGAAAUUCAAAGGAGAACGACUUGGAGCUCAGCUACUGGAACUUCAAAAGGCUGGAUUUUGACGUCGGUUUUGGAAAUCGAAAUUCCAUGUUUUUGAUUGAAAGUCAACAUUUUCAGUCUUGGAGUGCUGGGAGAAUUUCUAUGCAGCAGUGCGAUACUAAUGUGUUGGAUGUUUGCUUGCUCUGCGCUAAAAAAUUCGUUGUUUCAAAGCUCCUAAAAUAAGCAUAGCCCAGGCAUAUUUUCAUUCUGCAUACACUUUUCUACGAGUAAGUAAGUUUUAUUUUAUUGCCAAAGAACUCAUUUAAUUAGUGUUCGUUGUAUAUAAUCAUAUUUUCAGUCAGUGUUCUAUUAUUACUUUAUGAUUGUAGCACAGGGGCAAAUGAGUAGCAAGUUUUAUAUGAAAUAUAUAUACGUACUGUUGCUCCAACGUUCCAGUUUAGCUCGUAGUUCUAUGUAAUCAUAAGUAUGAAAGACGUACAACUACACA